UCUUGGCUCCAACGCGCGCAGCCGACCGCAAAGACGUCGAAUAAAGAAACACCGAACCAGAUUCUUCCGGAGAUCCUUCCAGACACGUUCUUCUGCAGCGCCGUAACUCGCUGGUAUAACACGCUGGUCUCCGCACGAAGUAACUCUCCACAUCAGACUCUCGCUGUGCACAGCAAGAGUAGAAUCUCCGUCUCCGAUCUCCCACUCCAUACUCUCCUCGAAAGAGAUUGUCAUCGCUUUGUGAGCAACAUCCCGCUAGUUCCCGUCCCCUAGCCUAGAAUCGUCUCACGUCUCUUAGCAGCAAAGAUCGCACUGACGACCAACUCUUACACCUCUUGCGAAGUGGACGAGUUUGUUUGUAGAGAGAGCAGCUUGCGUGAAGCACGACUUGUUCCUAUAUCGCAGAUCCGUCUUCACCGUUUACAGUAGUAGAAUGCUUGUCCCUGCAUCGUAGCUGAGUCGGCUCGUCUUCCACUCUACAGGGGUUUAACAAAGACAACUUACCAGCAUCCAGCAGAGUCUUUCACUUUCCACUCCUGUGCACAAACUUGAGUGAAUCACCAAGCGGUCUUUGUACUCGUUAUUGAGAAGGCAUCAUACCUAUAUCGAGGGUCGAACAUGGAUUCUGCCAAGACUGCACCAGCAGUGGCUGCCAACGGGAAUCCGCCAGCCAUGGGCGCGCUCGCCCCUCCCAGGGCCGCUAUCCAACAGGAUAGAGCCUCGGCCGUUGCAGAGAUUUCUCUAGUUGAUUCGCACCCCCAUCCCGCUGCUACUACCACCACUAGUGGUACCAAUUCCGCAGGAGGCGCUGCCGCGCGCAAGCCUGCAAAGCUGUUUCGACAACCGAGCCGAGUGACGGAGCGCAUGGCCAACUGCCUGCUGGAGAACCGCAACGAGAUCAUCGACACUCUCUCGCGCUGCUUGCAGUGCGGGAAUGGCAUUCUCCUCCCCCACCAGCUCAUAGACCAGCUUCGCGCAGCCAGCGCCGCGCGCCGCCGCCCCCUCCUCACCCCCCCGCGCUCCCCCCACACAGCCGCGUCUCCGCGCUCCCCCGCCUCGAUCGUCACCGCAGCCGCAUGGGGGGGCGCGGGGGGAGCAGCAGGCGGAGCAGGGGGCGCGCUUAUCCCCGCAGAUGAGGAAACGGCCAAGGUGCUUGAGGGGACGGUGGAGGCGGUGCGGAGAGUGGGCUCCACGGAUCUAGAGAGGGGGGGGAAGGCGGGGAGGAAAACAGGCGCAGGCGCAGGGGCAGGGGCAGGGGAAGGGGGAACGAUCGGGGCGGGGGCAGUGGUGGAGGGGGACGAGGAGGGGGAGGGGGAGGAGAGCUUGGAGGACAGUCCGUUUGGGAAGCUGCUACUGGCUUCGCAGGAGGCGGUGGUGGUGUCGCCGUGGGUGGCGCUGGCGGUGCGCGUGCGGCCGGGCGAGUGGCAGCAUGUGAAGAUCAACGCAGAGGAGGUGCUGGUGCAGGCCAUGACUGUGCCCGAGUACCUGGCGUUCAAAGAGCUGCUGGUUUCUACCAACGGAGGCCCGUCCAGCGACAACCCCUACUACGUGCUGGAACUAGACUUUGAGCCGUUCAACGCGUCGUUCCCGCGGCUGACACAGCCGCGGUCCAUCGGGCACGGCGUGCACUUCCUAAACCGCUACCUGUCGUCGCGCAUCUUCGCCAGCCAGCAGGGCUCCAUCCAGCCGCUCGUCGACUUCCUGCGCCUCCACAGCUACAGGGGGCAGCCGUUGAUGCUGAGUCCGCAGAUCGAGACACGCGAGCAGCUGAAACGCGCGCUGACGCGUGCGGAGGACGUGCUGUCGUCAUACGAUGACGAGACUGCUGUUGGACACGUGGCAGAGAGGCUGCGGGACGUGGGGUUGGAGCUGGGGUGGGGCAACACAGUGGGGCGCAUCUCCGAGACAAUCUGCCUGCUGCUCGACAUCUUCCAGGCCCCGGAUGCCGACACUCUAGAGAAAUUUCUCGGGCGGCUGCCCAUGAUCUUCGACGUGGUCAUCCUGUCGCCGCACGGGUACUUCGGGCAGGCAAACGUUUUGGGGCUGCCCGACACAGGCGGGCAGGUGGUGUACAUUCUGGACCAGGUGCGCGCGCUGGAGAAGGAGAUGCUGCGGACGCUGCACCUGCAGGGGCUCGACUCGCUCUUCCACCCGAAUAUCGUGAUUGUGACGCGCCUCAUCCCCGAGGCGCGUGGCACGACGUGCAACCAGCGCAUAGAGGCAGUGGCGGGCACGCAGUUCACGCGCAUCCUGCGCGUGCCCUUCCGCACGCCGCACGGCGUCGUCAAGCGCUGGGUCUCGCGCUUCGACAUCUGGCCGUACCUCGAGCAGUUCACCGAGGACGUGGCGAAGGAGCUGCAGGUGGAGCUGGGGGGGCGCCCGGGGCUCAUCAUCGGCAACUACAGCGACGGUAACCUCGUCGCCACGCUGCUCUCGCACCAGAUGGGCGUCACGCAGUGCAACAUCGCGCAUGCGCUGGAGAAGACCAAGUACCCGGACUCGGACCUGUUCUGGCAGCGGCACGACGCGGCGUACCACUUCAGCUGCCAGUUCACGGCCGACCUCAUCGCCAUGAACCAUGCCGACUUCAUCGUCACCAGCACCUUCCAGGAGAUCGCCGGCAGCCUCUCCUCGAACACCGUCGGGCAGUACGAGUCACACAUGGCGUUCACGAUGCCGGGGCUGUACCGCGUGGUGAACGGGGUCGACGUGUACGACCCCAAGUUCAACAUCGUGUCGCCGGGCGCCGACGACGACGUCUACUUCCCCUUCAGCGACGACAAGCGACGCCUCACGUCGCUGCAGCCCGCCAUCCGCGACCUGCUGUUCGGGGAGCCCGACGGCGAGGAGAAGGCCUACCACCUGUCGGACCCCGCCAAGCCGAUCCUCUUCUCCAUGGCGCGCCUCGAUCGCGUGAAGAACCUCUCGGGCCUCGUGCGCUGGUUCGCGGGCGACUCGCGCCUGCGCGCGCUCGCGAACCUCGUCGUCGUGGGCGGCAAGCUCGACGCGGCGCAGUCGCAGGACCGCGAGGAGGCGGAGCAGAUCGCGCUCAUGCACGCGAUCGUGCGCGACGCGGGGCUCGACGGGAGCUUUAGAUGGAUCCGCGCGCAGACGAAUAGGGUUAAGAACGGCGAGCUGUACCGCGUCGUUGCGGAUAGUCGCGGGGCAUUCGUGCAGCCGGCUCUCUUUGAAGCAUUCGGGCUGACGGUGGUGGAGGCCAUGACGUGCGGGCUGCCCACCUUCGCCACGUGCCACGGCGGGCCGCGCGAGGUGAUUCACGACGGCGAGAGUGGGUUCCACAUUGACCCGUACCACGGCGAGCGCGCGGCGGAGCGGAUGGCGGACUUCUUUGAGCGCUGCCGGGACGACCCCAGCCACUGGGAGACUGUUUCCGCUGCUGCGCUCGAGAGGAUCCACUCCAGGUACACGUGGGGCAUCUACGCAGAGCGGCUGAUGACGCUAUCGCGCGUGUACGGCUUCUGGAAGUUUGUGUCGAACCUGGAGCGGCGGGAGAUGAAGCGCUACAUCGAGAUGUUCUACAUCCUCAAGUUCCGCCACCUCGUGAAGUCCGUUCCGUUGGCAGAGGAGGGUGGAAGGGAAUGACACUGUGGAGGGAUAACAUAACACAAGGGUGGCUAGCAUGUGUGUUACGGCACCUUUCUGAGAUAAUUUCUUGGCAUGUGUAGUGUGGGAAUGUCCAUCGUGUAAACAUUUUCCUCACUAGCUGAAACAGGAGGAAUUGAUAGCCAGAAAUAGGUGUUAGAAUACGAGAAUAAAUUACUAGAAGGGGAAACAUAGAACAUUUACCUCUUGGGGUUGUACACCUAGAAGCAUACACCUAGGUUAGCCUAUAACUUCUACAUAUAGCAUAUGUAUAA